AUGGCGCUAUAUCGUGCCAUUGGGGAAAUCUUUCAGAGUAUUCGGGAUUGCUCUCAGGAAGGAGAGCUAAUCAUAUACACCAACGGAUACGAACAUCUAUGCUUUCCGGUGUUGUCGGUUUGGAUCGCUGAUCAACCUGAGCAUGCGAACUUAGAAGAUAUUAGUACUAGGUCUUGUCCAAAAUGCGAGGUGGAAUUCCACACUCUUGGGAGUACUCGUUGGAGCCCUAGUCGCAAUCACAAAGAUUACCGGAAAAGGGUAAAGCUAUUCAGGGAGUACCAAGGAAACCUGAGACCGGUGGAAUACCUUGUCGCGAGAUCAGUGAAGACACUCUUCAAUGCUUUCUGGGAUAUGCUGAGGGUUAAUCCAUACGAUCUGAACAAACCAGACAUUUUGCGCAAUAUCUAUCUAGGGAUGUUGAAGCAAAUGGUGCAGUGGGUUCAGGCUUCAGGCUUCCUUGAAGAAGCACAAUCGAUUGGAGAAAUUUGA